ACCUGAGUCAGGCAGUGUUUCCCUCCUCUUCGUCGUCGUCUUCAUCUUCACUUCCCUUCCGCCUUUGCCUUCUUCAGAAACUUCCAGUUUCCGUCGGAAAUGGAGAUAAAGUCGGGAGCGUUGGGAUGCUGUUCCAAGGAGCAGGAGAAGAUCUACAGCGAGUGGUUCAGCGUCGCCGACUCAGAUGGCGAUGGCCGCAUCACUGGAAAUGACGCCACGAAGUUCUUCUCAAUGGCCAAGCUCUCACGGCAAGAGCUCAAGCAGGUUUGGGCCAUUGCAGAUACCAAGCGACAAGGAUUUUUAGGCUUAAAGGAGUUUAUUGUUGCUAUGCAGCUGGUUUCUUUGGCACAAGCAGGAGUUGAUUUAACAUCUGAGAACCUAAAAACUGCAGCUGAUCCGGAGAAUAUUGACCCUCCUGAGAUGGGAGGUUUGGAUGCCUUAUUAGCAAAAUGCAAGAUCUCAAGUACCACUAAAGAACCUGAGACAAAUGGAACUGUUCAACCCCAGCCACCGCCAUCAACUCAAUGGUUUGGUUCAAAGUCUGGGAAGAAGGCUCCUCAAUACUCGGUUACAUCAAUUAUUGAUGGUUUGAAGCGAUUGUAUAUGGAAAAACUCAAACCUCUUGAAGUUACAUACCGCUUCAAUGAUUUUGUAUCCCCUUUGCUGACAAACAGUGAUUUUGAUGCGAAGCCUAUGGUUAUGCUCUUGGGUCAGUACUCAACGGGCAAAACUACUUUCAUAAAACAUCUGCUGAGGUGCGAAUAUCCAGGAGCUCAUAUUGGACCGGAGCCUACAACUGACAGAUUUGUUGUUGUUAUGUCUGGACCUGAUGAGAGGAGCAUCCCUGGAAACACAAUAGCUGUUCAAGCAGACCUCCCAUUUAGUGGGCUGACGACUUUUGGUGGAGCAUUUCUGUCCAAGUUUGAGUGCUCCCAAAUGCCACACCCUCUUCUUGAUCAAAUUACAUUUGUUGAUACCCCUGGUGUGUUGUCUGGAGAGAAGCAGAGAACACAACGAAGCUAUGACUUCACGGGAGUCAUAUCUUGGUUUGCAGCAAAAUGUGAUCUGAUUCUUCUUCUGUUUGAUCCCCACAAACUUGACAUCAGCGAUGAGUUCAAGCGUGUUAUUGCAUCUCUGCGUGGUAAUGAUGACAAGAUACGUGUGGUUCUGAACAAGGCGGAUCAAGUGGAUACCCAACAACUGAUGAGAGUUUAUGGAGCACUAAUGUGGUCUCUUGGAAAAGUUCUUAAUACUCCAGAAGUUUCUCGGGUUUACAUCGGCUCAUUCAAUGACAAGCCUGUUGAUGAAGAGGCUGUUGGCCCAAUAGGCCGUGAUCUCUUUGAGAAGGAGCAGGAUGAUCUACUUGCAGAUUUAAUUGACAUUCCCAAGAAGGCGUGUGACCGAAGGAUCAAUGAAUUUGUGAAGCGCGCUCGGGCCGCUAAGAUUCAUGCUUACAUUAUGAGCCACCUUAAGAAGGAGAUGCCUGCCAUGAUGGGUAAGGCAAAGGCUCAGCAACGACUAAUCGAUAACCUUGAAGAUGAAUUUGCCAAGGUCCAGAGGGACUUUCAUCUACCUGCAGGAGAUUUCCCCAACGUGGAGCACUUUAGAGAGGUCUUGUCCGGUUACAGCAUCGACAAGUUCGAGAAGCUGAAGCCUAAGAUGAUACAGGCUGUGGAUGACAUGCUUGGGUACGAGAUCCCAGAGCUGUUGAAGAACUUCAGGAAUCCCUAUGAAUGAAAUUUUUGUUGGGGUCCUUGGUCUGUUCAAUUCAGAUUUCCUGCUUUGCCUAUUAUAAGUUUUGCUUUGGUUUAUUCUUUCGUUGUACCAUCUUUGGAUUUGGGACUAUUAUGUCAAUAUGUACGACUUACUUUAUUUCUUGGCCAUAUAGCAUUAGAUAAGACCCUCUUACACUAA